UUUGAGAUAUUUUUCUUCUUCAUCAUCAUGGCUGGAACAAGUCUGAUUUUCAGCUUAGCCUUGGCCGGUUUGAUUAUGUUGUCUAUUUCACAUGUGGCGCUUGGGGUUGGAAAGCUUCCUCAAGUUUUAGGAGUCUUAGGGACGCCAGUUGACGUGAAGGCCCCAGGUGACUUAGCAUCCGUGGAAAGGAAGGGUCAAGAUCAAUCGAACUUAGACAAUGGUAAGGUCAACAGGGGUGGGAGUGUAGAUCUUACUGCAGCGAAAGGUUUAGUCGUUGUGAAAGAUAGCGGGGGCGUAGAUUCAGACUUGAAGGACGGUAAGGUUACCCAGGGACCAAAAUGUGAACAACUGAAUAUCGCUAAUGGGGCGGUGACUGUGAAACGAUGCUCAGUAGUUACGGUGGACCCAAAAAACGGUAAGGUAAUCACUGAUGCAAAAACUGAAGCAAACAUCCUCGGAGUCGCACAUGUGAUAAUACCUGUGCCGAUUGGGGAUUGAAAGAUAAAUAAGGAUGCGUCCCGAGUGAAAAACGGUAAUGGAAACUACAAAUAAAGAUGCAGCUGCCUAAUGAUUUUGUGCGAGCCAACUUUAAUUUAAUGGUUUUUUGUGUGUUUACUCUGAUAUCCCUCCAGAAAUCACGUUUAUAUUUAAACCGUUCCUUUCCUUGUAUUUGCUUCCUUUGACGGUAUCUUUGUUGUGCAUUAAAUC